AUGGUUUAUAAUGGUGCACAAACCUCAUUGACUUUACUUGUUUUAAAUGAAACAAUUAAAAAAAAUGAUUGCAAUCGAUUAAAUUGUUCGGUUGGUCCAACAGAAGCAGUUUUAAUUGCAUUUAAUAUUGGUCGUAUAAUAUCUUUACUUUGUGUUAUUUUUGGCAUUCUUGGAAAUAUUGCACUUAUUUUAAUUAUUUUUCGAUCAUCAUUUUGUUAUUUUUCAUAUGGCUUAAUUAUUUUAUUCAUUUCAACAUUUGAUAUAAUUCGUCUUAUUUCUACUAUUGUUUAUUAUUUAAUACAAGCUAAUAUAAUUCCAUUGAAAUUAUCAACUUUAACAAUUUAUAUCACAUUAUAUCGUUAUCCAAAAAUUGUUACAAAUUGGUUAAAAGUAUUUUUAUCUAUUGAAAGAGUUCUUGCUGUUAAAUAUUGGAUUGCACAUCGUUAUAAUAUUAAUUCAAACAAUGCAAAAAGAAUUCAUCGUUCACGACAAAGAAAAGUUUUAUUAUUAAUUCUUAUUUUACUUCUAUGCUGUUUAAUAAGUCAACAUCCAAAUUUAAUUCCAUAUCGUUUUAUAUCGACACGUAUUCAUCCAAGUCGUUUACUUAUUAUUGCUACACAAAAUCUACAUUUUUAUUAUGGGAAUUAUGUAUUUAAUGGUUUUUUAUAUACUCUAAUUAGUUAUGUUAUUCUUGAUGAUGUUUUACCAAUAAUAACAUUAAUCAUAUCUAACACAAUUCUUCUUUAUGAAUUAAGGCGUCUACCGACACUAACAAGUAAAAAAUUAGCUGAAUCAAUAUUUAUUCUUUUCUUUCUGACAAUAUUUUCAAUAUUUGUUGUACCAAGAUCAUUUCUUGUUAUUUUUAAUUUAUAUGUCGAUCAAAAAGAUAUUAAUGAUACAAUUAUUUCGGUGGUAUUUCAUACAUGUCAAGGUCUUGAAUUGAUUAAUCACGCAAUAACUGGUUAUGCAUGUUUUUUAAGUUGCCACAACUUGCAAAAAGGUUUAAUUCAAAAUAUUCGAAUUAUAUUUGAAAAGUUUCGACGAAAAAACAAUUCAUUGAAACCAACUACAAUCGAACUACAUACAAUAACUCAAAAAUGA